AAUGUGUGUGAAGUGUUCCACAGCUCGGUAUGUGAGCCUUCACUGUUACUGUCUAAAUGUUUGUGUUGCGUAGCAGGAGCAUGGAAAAAAAAAGAAGAAAAAAAAAAAAGGCCUCACAUACAGAGAAGAAGAAGAAGAGACACUGAUCAUGUGUGUCGCUUUGGGGAUGGUUGAGUGUGUUGCGAUUGCCACGCUCUCUCAGCUGUGUGUUCAUUUCUAUCCGCAGCAACAUUUCCUCAAGUCUGAACUCUUGUUUGAGGGUCACUUGCCAGAGGAGGAUUUUUUUUCCUUUUUUUCCUACGCCAAUGUUUUUUUUAAAUGCUUCCUUCUUGGGCAGAAGGCUGGUGUAAUAGAAACCAGACACAAUCCAGAAUGUGAGGCAUUCUCAGCGGCCAGACCUCACUUCUGCAUGGAGCAAAACAGGAUAAAUAGGAAAUUUAGUCUCAUACGUUUCAGCAUUGUUUCUUAUUUUUGACAUUUUGGAAGAGAUGAGAAAGACGGAAAAGGCUGGGGAGUUAUGGAUGUGGAAAUCUGUGGUUAUUCGGACUGUGUGGGGGGCAUGUAGAGAAGAUAUGGACGACUUUCAGGACUAGGAAUGCAUGUACAGCUUUCCCAGAUUCUAGUUGAAAAGCUUUCAGACCAACAUGAGUUGGAGCUUCCUCACUCGUCUCCUGGAAGAGAUCCACAACCACUCCACUUUUGUGGGGAAAGUGUGGCUGACAGUGCUCAUCAUCUUUAGAAUCGUGCUCACUGCAGUCGGAGGAGAAUCCAUCUACUCGGAUGAGCAGUCCAAGUUCACCUGCAACACCAAGCAGCCCGGCUGCGACAACGUAUGCUAUGAUGCCUUUGCUCCCCUCUCACACGUCCGCUUCUGGGUCUUCCAGAUCAUCAUGAUCUCUACGCCUUCUAUCAUGUACAUGGGCUACGCUAUCCACAAGAUAGCUCGUAGGUCAGAGGAAGAGCGCAGGAAGCAAAACAGGCUCCUUAGGAAACCGCCUCAUGCCAGAUGGAGGGAAAGCCACUCUCUAGUAGAUGUCUUAAAGGAGGAUGAAGAUGACGAUACUGAGCCCAUGAUCUAUGAGGACACAACACAGGCUCAAGAGGCCAAGCCAGAACCAUCAAGUAAAACUAGUCAAGAUCCACCAAAACAUGAUGGUCGCCAAAAAAUUGUAGAACAUGGACUGAUGAGAAUCUAUGUUCUUCAACUGAUGUCGCGAGCUGUUUUUGAAAUAGGUUUUCUCGCUGGUCAGUACCUGCUCUACGGAUUUCGAGUUAAUCCAUCAUACGUGUGCAACAGAGUCCCCUGCCCGCAUCGAGUCGACUGUUUCAUCUCUCGUCCCACGGAGAAAACAAUCUUUCUCCUCAUCAUGUAUGUGGUGAGCUGUCUUUGUCUAGUUUUAAACGUGUGCGAAAUGCUACACUUGGGAAUCGGCAGUUUUCGGGACACUCUUCGCCAGAAAAGAAACCGAGGACAUCGGACACUCUAUGGUUUUCCAUUCUCUCGCAAUAUUCCUGCUUCCCCUCCAGGAUACAACCUUGUGAUGAAAUCAGACAAACCAGGCAAGAUCCCGAACAGCCUCAUCACUCAUGAACAGAACAUGGCCAAUGUGGCCCAGGAGCAGCAAUGCACCAGCCCGGAUGAGAACAUCCCGUCCGAUCUGGUGAGCCUACACCGUCAUUUACGGGUUGCUCAAGAGCAGCUUGAUAUGGCCUUCCAAACAUACCAAACCAAAAACAACCAGCAGAUCUCUAGAACCAGUAGUCCUGUAUCUGGGGGCACAAUGGCAGAACAAAAUCGAGUUAACACAGUGCAGGAGAAGCAAGGAGCCAGGCCAAAGUCCACCACAGAGAAGGCUGCCACCCUUGUUAAAAAUGGAAAAAACUCUGUCUGGAUCUAAAGACAACGUUUGUUGGAAGUAAUCGUAGCUUGACGAUGUGUGUUCAGUGCACCUUUGGACAAAAACAGAACACAAACAGCUUGUCAAUCACAUUUUAAUGUAUAGGUCAAAUGGUGAGUAGGAUUUGUUUUAAGGAGGGAGAAAAUGCUUAUGAGGAAACCGUCAAAUCCAGUAUCAUGAAUCGUUUUUGUUUGCGUAUAGUGUCCAUCUGUGCUUCCCAUAGCAUUUGGACAUAAUUAACAUCUAAUUAGUUCAAUAUCUAAUUCUAGCUAAGUGGUCAUAGUAUAUGCAACAAGCUAUCUAGAACUGAUUUAUCAUCAACUGCCACUGAAGUGGACUUGAACCUAAAAAAAAAAGGGAAAAAAAA